GAUUGGUCCCUGGUCACGUGAGAACAUCCGGGGACUUCAGAUUACCAUAUAUGGAAGUUGAGGAAGUCUAAAACUGGGCCAUCUUGAGUCUUGGUUGUCUUAAGAACAUUGUCUUAAGAAGUCAUUCUACUCAAGGUGGUUUUCCAGAACAGGACCAUACCAGUCACCUGUACAGCCUCAUCAUGAAGUGGUGUGUUUGUCUGCUGGCCAUCGUUGCCAUGACAACCGUGAUUGGCGCGAAGUCGAUCAGAGUCAAGCGAGAUGCAGAAGAUAACCUGUCUGAGCGGUUGGACUUCCUUCUGGAGAAGAUGAACAGUGUGUUGGCAGAUCAGGACAACGUCGACGAAGAUCUGAACGAAGGUGAAAUGGACGCAAGAGAGAUGGAGGAAGAAGCAGACAUGGAGGAAGAGGAAACUUUGGAAGAGCAAGAAAUGGAAGCAAGGGAGAUGGAGGAAGAGGCAGAGGCGGAAGAUGAGGAGGCUCUAGAAGAGCAAGAGGAAAGAGAGGUGGAAGAAGAAGAUAAUGCUGCCCAGGAGGAGGACCUGUCCGAAUGGCUUUCCGAUCUUGUGCAACGUAUGAGGGCAUUGAGGGGCAUGCCAGAGGAGGAUGAAUUGGAAGAUGAAGAAGACAUGGAAGCACGAGAGAUGGAAGAAGAAGAUGACUUCGACCAGGAGGAUGACCUGUCCGAACGGCUCUCCAGCCUGUUGCAACGUAUGAGGGCAUUGAGGGGCAUGCCAGAGGAAGAGGAAGAUGAAUUGGAAGAUGAAGAAGACAUGGAAGCACGAGAGAUGGAAGAAGAAGAUGACUUCGACGAGGAGGAUGACCUGUCCGCACGGCUCUCCAGCCUGAUGCAGCGUGUGCAGGAACUGAAGGGCAUGCCAGAGGAGGAUGAGGAUGAAUUGGAAGAUGAGUGGGAGGUGGCUCCCGAGGAGAUGCAAGAUGCUGAGGAGAUGGCAGCUCUGGCGGAGCAGGAGAAGAAAGACAUGGAGGCUGACGAGGCGAUGAGAGCCCUGGAGGAAGAGCAAGAGCAGGAGGAGAGGGAACUGGCUCCGGAGGAGAUCCAGGAUGCUGAUGAGAUGGCGGCUCUGGCCGAGCAGGAGGAGAGGGACCUGGCGACUGAGGAGGAUGCAGCCUUGGCUGAGGCUCAGAUGGGAAUGGAGACCGUUGAUGAGCCAGAGGCAAUACAGGUGGAGGUUCAGGUGACAGCCGACGAGGAUCUGGAUGCUCCGGAGCAACUGGAAAACCAGGACACCAGUGGCCUGGCUGCGCUGGCCGCCCAGCUGGCUACCCUGGAGCAGCAGCUGCGUGAUACGAUGGAUGCCCCAGAGGAGGAACAAGUGCAAGGUGACAACGAGUUCGUCGAGGGGGAAUACUUGGAGUAGGCACCGAUGGACAAUUAAAAAAGUAAAGAAGCAGAGGUGAUGAAAAGACCAUCUAUGGCCGCCAGCUGAACAUUCACACCACGAGAACGCGGCAAUUUUAAGCAACACCAUCGUUUUUUUUUUACCUUUUUAUUUUUGAAACUCAAACUAUCGAGGUUUCAAUAGGUGUUAUUGGGAUGAAACUAUGAAAUAUAAUCGAUACAAAAAAUAUAAAACUAUGCAAGACUCUAUGUAAUGACUGAAAAACUGACGCUACGCUACUGCUGCUAUUUGUAUUUUGGUGACAACGGUAACAAGUUAUGUAGUAUAAAUCUAUUACUGAUAUUAGCUCAAUGAUAUUUUUUCCCUUACUAAAAUGACAUGAAUGACGGAAUACAAGAAUGGCUGUGGUUUUGGGACAUCGUACAGGAUUGACUUUUACUGAUUUUGAAAAUAAAUUGGUGAAAAGCGGUCGAA